ACCCUGCUUCUCCCUACCUUGACUAGCUGCGCGUCUUCCUGGUUUUGUCAACUUCACAGUUUUUUUUCCGCUUUUCUUUUCUCUUACAAGAGUCCAACUGAAUCGGAACACUAAAGACUUGAAAUGUAGACUCACGUCUCCCGUUGAGCACGCCAAAAGUGAACAGACGCUCUGAGAGUUGCGGUGACGUCACCAACAAAAUCAACAUGUUGCUGCUGCUUUUUUUCUUGCUUUUCACGCAAAGUGAAGCCUCCACGCACUCACAAGACCCGCAAUUCUCAUCUCUGAGCGCCAUGUUGGAAGACUUUGACGUGCUGUCGCCGUCCAGCGUGCACGCUCACUCCGUCCGCCGCAGAGACCUGCUCGCCACUCGCGUGGAGAAAGAGAUCAGCUUCCGCGCGCUGCACAGAAACUUCCGUCUGUACCUGAGGACCAACGAGCACAUAUUCACCGAAGACUUUUCGGCGUGGGCGGUGGACGAUGACGGCGAGCAAAACCUGCGCGUGGACCGCCACGCCUUCUUCACCGGACACGUCAUCGGGGAGGAAAACUCGCGCGUUCAAGCUCACAUGGACGAUGGCAAUUUCUCGGCCCGCAUCGUCACGCAGGAGGCGGAAUUUAACAUCGAGCCUCUGUGGAGGUUCACGUGGCCCUCCGACAGCCGUCUGCUGGUCUACCGCUCGGACCACAUCCGAAACCUCAGCCGAGCGCAGCGGCCGUCCGUCUGCGGCUACGUGGACUCUCACUCCAGCCACCUCCUCCCCGAUGGCGUUCGGCACGCCGCCCAGGAAGCCGAUGACGACCAAGAAGAGUGCGCGUGGCGUGCGCGUCGCGACGCGCACCCUCACAGUAAGAACACGUGUCCUCUGCUGCUGGUGGCCGACCAUCGCUUCUUCACGCACAUGGGACGCCGCGACGAGAGCACCACGCUCAACUACCUGAUCGAGCUGAUGGACCGCGUGGACGACAUCUACAGGAACACAUCGUGGGACGACGACUUCUCGGGUUACGGGGUCCAAAUCCAGCAGAUCAUCAUCGAGAAGACGCCGACCGCCGUGAAGCCGGGAGGCGUUCACUUCAACAUGGCCGGAAGUCCCGUGGCCGGGCGAGUCGUGUGGGACGUCAAAAGGCUCCUGGAGCAGUUCAGCGUGGACGUGUCGGAGAAGGCGGCCAACGUGUGCCUGGCGCACUUGUUCACUUACCAGGACUUUGACGAGGGCACGCUGGGCCUGGCGUACGUGGCGCCGGUCAAGGCCGACAUUCCCGGCGGGCUUUGCUCCAAAGGCUGCCCGUCGACCGCCACUGAUGCGGACCCGCGGCGCCUCGUCUAUCUCAACACGGGACUCACCAGCACCAAAAACUACGGCAAGACCAUCCUCACCAAGGAAGCAGACUUGGUGACCACUCACGAGCUGGGUCACAACUUCGGGGCGGAGCACGACCCCGACAACAUCCCCUACUGUGCCCCCCGAGAGGACCAGGGAGGCAAGUACGUCAUGUACCCCAUUGCCGUCAGCGGAGACCACUUCAACAACAAGGUGUUCUCCAAAUGCUCCAAACGUUCCAUCGUAAAGCGUCUCCGCUCUAAGGCGUCGUCGUGUUUCAAGGAACGUACGGUCAACGUUUGCGGGAAUUCACGCGUGGAACCCGGAGAGGAGUGCGAUCCGGGGCUGCUGCACAUCAACUCGGACCCCUGCUGCACCCCCGAGUGCCGCCUCAGGCCGGGAGCACGAUGCAGUGACAGGAACAGCCCGUGCUGCAGGAAGUGCCAGCUGGAGGCCGCGGGUGAGGUUUGCCAGGAGCCCAUCGACGCCACGUGCAAAGGACGGUCCUACUGCACAGGCUCCGGCGCAGAUUGCCCGCCUCCGGAGAACGCUCCGGAUCAAACGCCGUGUCUGGACAGCGGCGAGUGUCAGGACGGCUCGUGCGUCCCCUUCUGUCUCGCCGUCCUCAAACUGGAGCCGUGCGCCUGCAACGAAACCGGCACGUCCUGCAAGGUGUGCUGUCGAGGCGGCGGCGGCGUAUGCGCACCCUAUCGAGAUGCGGAGGGCCAGUUCUUGUUCCUGCGCAAAGGCAAACCCUGCACGGUGGGCUUCUGCGACGGCGCGGGGAAGUGCAUGAAGCAGGUGCAGGAUGUGGUGGAGAGACUUUGGGACUUCAUUGACAAACUGGACAUCGACACCUUCGCCACCUUCCUGGCCGACAACAUGGUUGGUUCCGUGGUGGCCUUCUCGCUGCUCUUCUGGAUCCCCUUCAGCGUACUGGUGCACUGCGUGGACAAGAAGGUGGACCGGCAGUACGAGCAGAACGCCAAGUCGCUCUUCUUUCCCAGCAACGCGGAGCUCCUGAGCAGCCUGGAGUCCGCUUCCGUGCGGAUCCUCAAACCCUUGAACGCACGCUUCCAGGCAUCCAGCCCCGGGCCCCCGGACAGCCCCAGAAUGGCCACCAUCGCCGAGGACGCCAGCGUGGACGAGGCGGCCCUGCAGGAGGCGUUCGGGCGGCCGCGGGGAUCCACGGCGCGUUCCUUCGAGGAUCUGACGCAGCAAAACUUGGCGGCCGGCGUGGCGCCGCCCGCCAAACUGCGGCAUCAGCGCCACGCCGGUGCCAAAGAGACGCCGUGCUGACCCGCUCUUUUGCCUAAAACUUGGAACUCUGUCCGCCAAUCGGAGACCAGAAUAGAACGCGGUGUUAGCAUGUCGCGUCCUGAUAAUGCGGGUCUGCUUCGAGGGCAGCCUCAAUAUACAGGACAGCGUCUCGUGACAGAAUGU